GUGUUAAAUAUAUCGAUGAAAAUGAAAGGGAUUCCAAGGCAGAGAGUUUAAAUAUUCUGUACAUUUUUAUAUGUAUUGUGAAGAUCUCAUGAACCCGUGAGCAACACUGAUUCCAUGAUUCAAUGGCAAGUAAACCACAACGGAAGUCCGAGUUCUCAAGAAAAGAAGUUAUAAGAGAUACCAAACUUACAGGCCGCGUGGAGGGAGGAAUCAGAUGCACAUGAACCCGUUCAAGCCAUGGAUCUAUAGACAACCUGACAUCCUUUAUCCGCUCUCUUUAGUAAGCCUUCUACAGUUGGUUCUCUCUCAAGGCAGGUAUGGCGGACAGACGAAGCCAGUCACAGCCAUUUCGCUUCUGGCUGCCUGCCUGGACUCACCCGACAAGGAGUAGCACUCCGCGCCAACCCGAUCCAACUCGACAGAAAUCCCUGCGUCGCGAUGCAUCGCAGCCUUCGGAUCAUACAACAUCCUCAUCACCAUCCUCGCCGACCACAACCCGAAGAGUUCCUCAACCAUCACCACCACCGGCUUCGUCGCGAAACCGUCCAUCAUCUCGUCCCCAAGCCAGAAAUGCAAAUGAACAGCAGCGAUCACGGCCUCAGUCCCCACAACCGUCUCCGAUCAACUCAGAUAAGCAAGCUGCAGUAGCAAGAAAUGUCAGGUCCCAAUCCGCAUUACAAACUGCAUCAACUCAGGUGAAGUCUCGGCUCUCAUCUCAAGCUCUUGCACCCGACUCACAAUCUUCAUCACCUGCAAAGAGAACAUCUCCUUCGAACCAGCCAUUGUCAUUGGCCCAUGAAUCCCAGGCAACAUUAGCGUCCGCAUCACCAACCAUAUUGCAUCCUAAAUCUCAGGCCCGUGCUAUCCCUCUUGCAAAAGAUUCAAAUCCUAAGCCGACAAGAAACCACAUUUUGCAGGAACCAAAUUUGCCGCUUGUAUCAACCAAUUCGCUGGAGAAUAAACCUCUAGAAUCGUACUCCAUCUCUGUACCCCAGCCGUCAACACCUAAAGAACAAAGAGAGAAGAUUAAAUUAGAAGAAAACGAGCCUUCUCAAUCUCGAAAGUUGGAAGAUACAAACAAACAAACUGCAGAAGAGAAGCAUAAACUAAAGUUAACAACAAACCACCCUAAGGAUCCCACCAAAGCCCCAAAUUCAUAUUCAACACCUGAAGGGACUAAUAGAGGCAAGCUUAGGACAACACCAGACACAGAAGAGAAGCCCUUCACUGGAGAACGCAACAAGUCGAAGGAACAGGGAGAAGUCAAGCAACUCAGCACGACAUCUGAGAACAGCCUGAUCACAUCCCCCACACAAAGUGGAUUAGUCUCACUAUCCAUUAACUCAAAUGCAGAACACAGGAAGGAUACCGAUACUGCCGAGCAUACAAAAGAUGGUUCCACCAGAGAGGAACAGAAAAUUGCAAUUUCAAGUAUCUCACAAGAUUCAUUCUAUGAUGGCAAGAGAGCCAUGUUCAAGGGGGAGAUCAAGGAAGGGCUUUCUAAACUGUUACAGAAGAUAGGUACUGGAUAUUCUGGUGGGGUGAGGAAUGGACUAUCGACAAAUGUACUUACUUUGGCUGGCAAUAGCAGUGGAGCAUCCAUGAUUAUAGGUUAUGAGGGUACCGAUAGAGAGAAUUUCUACCAUGCCCACAAGGAUCAAAAGCUCAACAAGGAGAAGGUUGAUGCAAGAGGCAGUUGCAGUGAAGAAAAGUGGCAGCAUAGUGGAAAGGGGGCAUUUACAACCAGCAUUAACAACAAUGUGCAAAGCAUCAACAACUCAGCUGUUGAUGAAAGUUCCUGCAGUGUCAGAAACCCAGGCGUCCAUUUGAAUCUCUCAAGAACUAAGGAAACCUUGGUUUCCAAAAGAACAGUGGAACCCCUGGAGACUGAAAGGACACCUUCCAAGCCAAUCCAAAGCCAGAAACCAACUCGUGAGCCCAGAAUUAGAAGACGCUGCCUUCGGGCAUUGCUUAUGGAACCUAGUGAGAGUGAUCCAGAAAAUCCUGAGAAGCCCCAGCGUCAUGGAUGUCGUUACAGCUGUGAAGAGAAAAAGAAGUUAAAGGAUGACAAUCAUGGAAUGUCCACGACUAAUUCUGGCUUGCAGAACAACUGAGAAGGUACAAGCAGAGGUCCAAACCAAUAAUCACAAACUAUAAACGUUUACAAUUUGGUUAGUUGAAACCAAAAGAGUGUGUUCCAUGUAAUGAAAUUUUAGUCUAUUUCAAUGAUUUUAUCUCCAUUCUUGCAAGGGCCUAUUUUUUAUGAAUGAAUAUCAAUUGUUGAACCUGUCAUUUACAACUGCUUCAUAAUUUAAAUAUUAUCGACCUAAAGAAAUCAGUUUAAUUAAUGACAGCAUGUUAUUUGUAAAUCGAUUAAAAAUGCUUAAAUUAAGUAUCAAAGUAAUAAAAAUGAAAGUUAAAAGUGAAUGAGAUGUUUCCAUUAAUUUGUAGACAAUCAUUGAAUACAUGUAAUAUCAUAGAAGACUGAAUUCCUUUUUCAAGUCGCCCAUAGGGCUCCUUGUAUUAUUACUUCAACAUUUACACUAAUCUUUUAUCCAAAAAAUAUUUAAGCUAUUUAAAAAAAAAUCUCAUUGAAAUUAACAUAAAUGUUUAUACAGAGAUUUUUAAAAAAGUUAUGUUAUACGUGCAACAUCAAAUAAGAUGGUAAGCCUACAACAUUGCUUUGCCCAAUAAAGGUCAAUGUUUCCAUCGGUUGGCACCUGAACGGAGUAGCAACUCAGUUCAAGCGUUUGCAGCACUGAUGAUGAAUAGAGGUUCUCUCUGCCUCUCAAAGUGAGAUUCCCCAUGUUUAGUAGAUGGAAACCAUCAACGUUCUUUCACAAACAGCACUCAAAAUUCUCUCUUCAUCUAUGUGCUGCUUGCAACUUGUCCAGCAUUAAAAAACAAAGUAGCUUUGACCAACUGAGGUAUUGCUUUUCAAAUUAAAAGAAACCUAUAUACUCUUAAACAUAGAUCACAAUGUCCAAUGAAAAUGGUAGGAAGGUGCAUAUCAUGGCAAAUCUUGGAUUCCAAGUCAAUAAAAAAAGUAGUGAGGUCAGCUUACUUUGGAGUACAUCUUAGCAAUUAGAAUGUUAUCUUUGGAUGAAACUAAGUUACCGAGCAAAUAAAGCGAACGAAGAAAAAGUAAAAUGCAACCUUCUGAACCUGAAGUUCUAGUGUAGUUCUUGAAAUUACUUGCAGCAAAAGUAGAGCUGCAUUAGGACACCAUGGACUAAUGGAUCUUGAUUAAAGUUGGCACAGCAUUACUACUUAGUCUUCUGCACAAUCUUCAGGAAAUUCUGCAAUCAGAGAUAUUAUCCCAACAUCCUCACAAGCCUUAAUUUUGUUAUGAACAAAUGUUUGACAAUGGCUUUUUGACCCACCAGUACCACACCUAGUCCACGGAUUCUCUUGACGGUAUUCUUCAUAUAGCGGACUUCUUUAGCUAUAUCUAAUUCA